GUCUAUCGUCACGUUGUUUUUAGCUCUGCUGCUGAGGGUGAUUUAAUUGUUAUUGUUAGCAGGCUGAUUCUUCAGCAAACACAACGAAAGUGCAUUGAGACACGCAUCAAAUACGUGACAGAAAAGCACGUUCAACACGCGAACAACGGUUUAGAAAUAAAGCAGAUGUUGUGAGUAUUUUGGAGGACAGUCGCUCUCUGUGUCUGAACCGGUGGAAAUAUGAAUGAUGCGGAUGCAGCCUCAAGGAAGCGCGCGAGCUCCCGAGAGCUCCAGCCUCCCAAGAAUGAGGAUGCCUAUGAAAUCCCCAUUCCCUUUGAUGACAACAACUUUGAUCAGCAGGGAGGCUUCUACAACCAGAAUGACCACAACUUUGACGGAAGUGAUCUGCCAGCACAGAGCAGCUCGUACCUGUUAAUCAAUAACCUGCGCACACAACUACAGAUCUCACUGGAGAAAAAUUCAUGGCUGCAGAAACGCAUCGAGGACCUGGAGGAGGAGAGGGACUUCCUGCGCUGCCAGCUCGAUCGGUUCAUCUUCUCGACCAAGAGUCAGGAAUGCAAUGGUAAUGAUUCCAGGAGUUUUUCUUGGAGAAGGACGAGAGAAAAUGAUCGCGAUCAACAAGUGGAGAGCCAGCGUUCAUCCAACCGUCAAUCAUUCCAGCAGAGGCCAACCCAACAGACUUCAACAAAUCCCAAGGCCCUGAGCUCUGUUCCUGGUCCAGUCAGUGCUCAGAUAAAUUCCUUGUAUGGAUCUCCCCACCCUCAGCCUCUUUUGCAGGGCCACGGUGGCGGCAGCACCAGCAGUAGCAAGAACAGGUCCCUCAAUGAACUGCAAGAAUCCCUCACUCUUCUGGGAGAUGAAGAAGAGGAUGACUACCUUGAGGAUAGCUACCUAGAGGAAGAGGAAAUGAUGUCUCGAGAAGAUGUGAUAACAGAGAACAUGUCACUUCGGAACAUUGGCACAGCCGGAAGACCCACCGGCAGUCAUCCUGCUCUGAAGAGAAGAAGGGUAUUCAGAAUCGCCAGAGGGAGAGAAAGACAGAGAGUGAAAGACGCAGCAGGUGUGCUGUUUCGCUACAAAAAGAUCCUUGUAACAUACCAGAGGUUUAAGAACAUGUCCAAGGCCUUCCAGAUCCACGGUGUAGAUCGUAAUACGGUGGCCUCUACCACACCCAUUGCUGAGCUUCUGCUGGUGGCUCCAGAGAAGGUGGCUGAGGUGGGCGAGUUUGACCCGUCUAAAGAAAAGCUUCUAGACUACGCCCGGCGGUGUUAUAUUGCCCUCGACCCACAGACACUCAGCAAAGUGCAAGCCCUGAAGAAGAACAACCUCCUCCUUCCCAUCUCAUACAGGUUGAAAGGAACGGAUAAUCGAUAAUAGGAAGAUUUAGCAGGGUGAUUCUUAUCCUGCUACUAUACAGUGAAACCCUUCACUGUAUUUUAAUGUACCAUAGGACACACAUCUCUCAUCUCAACAUCCACAUUGUUCUGUUCAGAUCCGCUGUACUCUGAUCCAAGUGUAUUAUCACUCACUCAUAAAACUGGACGCUCAAAGCUGCGAGUGGGUUGCACACUUUUGCUUUCAGGUUUGGUAUUUUAAAACAGAAGUUAGUUCUCAAACCCCUUUUUACACCAUUCUUUCAUAACAGACUUUUUAGUAUCCCCUAAUUGUUGCUAUGGUUAAAGCUCAAGAAUUUACCUUUAGUUAUGAUA